UAUAUAUAUAUAUAUAUUCCAACUGCAGUCUCUAAAAGACAAAAAAAAAUUGUAGUUGUGAAAACAAUUGAAUAGUAUCUCAUAUAAAAUACUUGGAAAUUGCUUGAGGCCAAUAGCAUGAUUCUUAAUUAGGAUAUUAAGAUAAUAGCAUACGUAGUGGUCAGAUGUUGUAUGACUAUCUCAAGAAACAGGGGCGUGGAAAAAGAGCCUCCUGAAGAUUCUGAUAAAUUCCAUCAACUUUUGGGGAUCCAGUUUCCUCAUCAGUACCAAUCUCAUUGGGCUCUGGUGAGGAUUAAAUGAGGUAACAUGAAUAGGAAUAAUAUUUAAACAGUCCUAAAGCAUCAGCAUGAGAAGAAUGACUCAAAAAGUCAACAAUUACUGGAUACUCUGAAUAUAUGAACAGAUACUUUGGAGAAUUGACCCUUUCGAGGUAGAGGUGUAAGCUUGCUUUUUUUUUUUUUUUUUUUUCCUCCAAGCAGCAAACUCAGUAGAUACAGAAAAGAGAAACUGUGGCCUUCAUUUGACUAAGCUUAGGUCCUAUUCUGGAAAACAGUUCAGAUUCGAGGUACCUUAAUAACACAUGCUUUUUUUGAAAUUGAAAAAAAAGGUAUACAAAUCAAUGAAUGCUUUGGCUAAAACCCACUUGGGACAAGGAUGUUCUUUGGUGCCAAAUCACCAUCUUUUAUUCUAUGGCUAAAAUCCCAAGAAUUGCAGAGGAGAAACAGAGCCAAACAAGUUUUUCUAUUAAAAUAAAAGAGCUCAAGUGAUGAAUGGAAACUUGGAACAGGUUUUAAUGGUGAUACCAGAAGCCAGAAAUUCACUUAAAUACAAACUCACCAACUUCUGGCAUGUAUUGUGCCUCAAACAGAGUACUGGUACUAAUUUUAGUGAAUUAGAAACACGGCUUAGCCUAGGCAGCUCUCCUUCCAGAGAGCUCGACUUGCUGCUGAAUUGGCCUGGACACCUGAUAUUUCCUUGUCUUGAGUCAUGCAUACAUACACACAUACACACAUACGUAUAUACAUACAAGAAAUCCAGCUGAAGUCUCUGAAAGACAAAGAAUAAUUGUAGUUGUGAAAACAAUGGAAUAGGAUCCUAUGUAAAAUACUUGGGUAGGACCAAUGGUGAAUCUCUGCCUUCACCCCCUAGAAUUCUCCUUCCAGGCUGGAGCAUUCCUCUGAUACACACUUUUUGGCCUUGUUAUGCCAACAGUUGUGCAACUAUAUCAUCUUGCAGCCUUUCUUUCUUCCUUUUUGUCAUCUUAUGGGGGGACUUUGUUUAAUGUCUCUGUAUAUUCCAGCUGGACUCUGCCUAUAGAAUUUCCCUUAUCAACGAUUCUAACAAUUGAAAAUCUAAAAUGCCCAUGUGAAAUUUUUUUCAAGUCUUUGUGGUCAGUUUGAUGUUCCCAGUUUUCAGUGAAGCCCAAAUAAUCCCUAGUAUGAAUGCCUUCAUUUCUAAGUACUCACAAACAAGUACUUUAGUAAUAGUAGAGUUUUGAAGGGGUUUAUAUCGAGCUCAGUGGCACUUUUUUAGAAAUAGGAAAUUUGAUUCUCUAGUCACAUCUGUAAGUUCUUCCAGGACUCUGGAAGAUCAUUUAUCUUGUCACGGAUGCUUGGCUUAAUUGCAACAUUUUUAUGCCUCCUAUCUCCUCACUGAUCUUGAGCUUCGAGUUCCACUUAAACAUUUUGCUCAAUGAAAAAUAAAGAAUUUGGGUGAGGUAUUUUCUAAAUAUCUCUCAACCUUUAAUGUUCUAUGAUUCUCAGUAGGCCGCUUCAGCUGAAAAUACAGAUAGAGAAGCAAAGCCCUCAAAUAAUUACUAGUUUGAUUUUAUCUGUUAACAUUACACAAUCUGCCCCAAGCCUUUAAUGAUUCUCCCUUUUUAUUAUUCCUUGUCCAAAGAUAGUUUGAGUUCCUUUGUUUAUUCUAAGCAAUUUUUCAGAUGCCUCAAUCAAGAAUCAACAGUAUAUUAAUUUCUCAGAACGGAAAACUUAGAGGAUCUUUUUUCCUCAAAGCUAAUUUUUGCAGGGAUUGGAAAAAAAUUCAGCCAUCAUGUCAUAUGAAAAACCUUUUUUUAAAAAAUCUCUUCAUCCACUGGAUGCUGUACCUGUAAAAAAAAUGCUGAAACCAUAUUGGUAAGCACUUUUCUUCUGAAGAUGCAUAAAGAUCAGAGGUGCCGUUCAUUUAUGACAAGAUGAAAUUUUCAAACUAUUUUGGACCACACUAAACAUUGGGCUGUUCAUUAGUCUCUGUUUUAAAUUUAUAUGUCAUGUGCCCAGUUUGUGGGACAACAGAAAUAUACAACUCAAACUGAGAAUUAGAACCUUCCCUGUUUGGCUGAUUCUCGCGCAAUGGUCAGCCCAGAGCCCGAUCACACUGAAGAGCAAGGCCCUUGCCCUGGGGCCGAAAGGCUCAGACUGUGUCGUUUCCCCAGAGUAAAAUUUCUAAUGGCACUCAUAAGAGAGAACGGAAAAUACGAGCUGGGAGAGUUCACUGAGUACCAGUAUGUUUCUUAUAGGCUGAUUUGGUUGUAUUCUGGUUGUUUUGCUCUUGUGUCCAGUGACCUCAUGAUAGAUGCCUUUUACAGAUACUGGGUAUACUGUUUCAAAGUUCUUGUCUUUGUUAAGGGAUACUGUUUCAAAGUUCUUGUCUAAUGAGGGGUUCAACAAAAUCAUGUCUUUUUGUGGUACUUUUCAUAUCAUGUCACUUCCCUUGUUAGUUAUGAACAAAGAGUACCUCUAUUUUAUAAUAGUAGAAAGUAGAAAGAAUGAUAAGAUAACACAAUACUUUGGAGCAGAGCCCUUCUUAGUGACCAGCAACAUUAGUAGAAUUCAGUUUUCCAGGUUUGAAAUAUUUUGUAUUUCAUGUUUUAAAGGGAAACUCAUUGCAGGCUCUUGAGCCCUCUCACCCACCUCCUCUCACAUGGGGGAAAAGGGGGAAGUAGCAGCUCUUGAAUUUGCUAAAAAGGGAUCUGAAGAAAAUGAAACAAUCGCCAUUUAUUGAGAUUUUUUAUAAGGUUUCCCACACUGUGGAGGAUACACAGACGUAUCUUACAUGGCUUCUGCUUGCAGGCUGCUUAUAAUUAAGGCAAAGAAAUAAUAUUAAAGCAUUUGGAUGAAUAAAAGAAUGAUACAUGCCAGUGUUUCUAAAGAUGUGGAGGGUGGGGAAAAAAAAAGACCAUUAUGUUUGGAAUAGACAGGGGUACAUGAAUUAAGUGGGUUUUGACAUGGACCUCAUUAUAUAGAGAAGAUUUAGAAAGAGAGGAAAGAAGCGAGCUUUCCUUUCUUUUCUUUUUUGCCACAGCACACAGCAGCUUGAUGUGGGACGUCAGUUGCCAGACCAGGGACUGAACCCAGGCCACGUCAAUGAAAGCAAUAAGUCUUAACCACUACACCGCCAGGGAACUCCCCGAGGAAAGCUAUAUUGAUUUGAGAGAACUGCACAAAUACAGUUGUAUAUUUAGUUCAUAGAGGAUAAGCUCUAGAAAUAAUUGGGAAAGCUUAACUUUGGCACGUUCUCAUCUCCCCCAUCAUCUCUGACCUCCUGUCUGGCAUAGUUACAGGUUAUCUGUGAUACCUUAAAGGGCCAUGCUGUAUAUAGACUGUCAACUAAGGUGUAAUCUGAGGAUAAUAAAUCAUUGCAUUUUAAUAACAAUAAUAACGAUGUACUUGUCAGCUACCCUGCAGGUUGGUUUUUUUUACUUUCAGUUUCAUUGGGUAAAAAACUUCUAGUUUUAUUGCGUAUAAUUGACAUAAGCACUGUAUAAGUUUAAGGCGGAUAGUAUGAUGCUGUAACUUACAUGCGUCAUGAACUGACUGCCAUAAGAAGUUUAAUGGACAGCCAUCAUCUCAUGUAGAUACAAAACAAAAGAAAAAGAAAAACGCUUUCUUUGUGAUGAGAGCUCUCAGGAUUUAUUUUUUUUAACACCUUUCCUAUAUAACAUUCAGCAGUGUUAAUGUAUUUAUCAUGUUGUGUAUUAUACCCUAGUGCUUCUUUACCCCAUAACUAGAAGUCUGUAACUUUGAUGACCUUCAUGCACCUGCCUCUCUCCUCCCCACCCCCCACACCUCUGGUAACCACAAAUCUGAUCUCUUUUUCUAUGAGCUGAUUUGUGUGUGAAGUAUCAUGGACCUACAGCACUAUGUUAGUUCCUAGGUCACAGCACAGUCAUUCCAUCUUACUAUGUGUUACAAAAUGAUCGCCACAGUUAGUGUGGCUACCAUUUGUCACCACACAAAGAUGUCGCAUUAUUAUUGACCACAUUCCCCAUACUGUACAUUUCAUACCUGAGACUCAUUUAUUUUGUUAAGUGCAAGUUCGUACUUCUUAAAUUCUCUCAGAGUGUAUUAUAUAUCAUCUCAUGUAACCAUUACAAUCCUAUGGGUUUGCUUAAAAUUGUCUUCCCCAGAUGAGUAAACGAAGGCCUGGGUUAAGUAACAUAACCAGGGCCACACAGUCAGUCAUUGGCGGGGGGUGUGACCGACUUCAAAAUCUGUGUUCUAACCACUGUGCUAUUUUGCUUUGCAGUAGGGGCUUCUUGAAGGUCCAGGGAAAAGAAGGGAUGCAUAGUGAUGUGGUUGAGGCAUUAGCACUAAUAUCUGUAGACACUUGCCAGCAAUCUAAGCAGUCCCAUUUCACCAGCUAGUAAGGCUGGCAAGAGACAGGUGCAGUAGUCUGGGGAACUGAAUCAUGGUGGUGGCACGUGCAGAGGACACCGUCUCUUUUGUAUGUCUUUGAAGAGGUGGCUGAUUUGUGUUGGCUCUAAGUUUGCCUUCUCAAUCACUAAGGGAGUAAGUCCGAGUUGAAGCUUAUGACCCUGGUACAUCCAAGUGGACAACUUGGCAGGUGCCCUUGCUGGAAGAUGACAGUAUUGCUAAAAGAGGAGCCCGGGGUUUUCUCCUGAGAUACACCACUUGGGGGCUUCCAUUAAAAACAUUACCAAGCCUCUGUCAUUUUAAUCUCUUCCUUAAGUGCUGGGAUCUUUUCAGGGGCACAGGUCCACUCAUGGUCACUACCCCAGUGACCAGGUUUCUGAACUAUGAGCAAAGGUGGCAGCCACUGUGAAAGCCUGGGAGGAGGUGAGAGAAGAAAAGGUCAUUCUUCUUGACAGCUUUUAACUUGAUUCCACUUAUAAGCCAUUUAUUUUCAGAACUAAGGAAUGGGUGAAGACAUAGGCCAUGCCUACAAUUCAUGCACUUGGGAGUUGAAGGCUUUCUGAGAUCAAAUUACCACAGCAAACAGAGACAGAGUUACUGCAGGGACAUUUUGGGAGAAAGCAGACAGUGGGAGAAGCCAGAGGCCUAAGAAGGGAGACAGGAAUAGCAUUUGAUGAUAAUUGCUUUCCACUCUGCACCCUUGAGGGAACAAAGAGGACAAAUAAAUAAGAUGCAGCAGGCACAGGAGGAUGCUGGGAGCUUCUCUGGAGUCAAAUGGGUUAGGUUGUGGCGUGGACAGCGAGUGCAUUAGGUGGGUGGGAAGAAGAGAUGCGCUGCUCUAGGCCUUUGGAACCGGGCUGCCUUGGCUCCUUCAUCUAUGGCCAAAUGUCGGGUUUCAUUCUGCCUUUGGUCCAGUUCAUAGCUAGAAAAUGACCCACAGAGGAAGAUCUAGGGGUGAGAGGAUGCUGAGAGAAGGGGAUGAGAGAGGACAUUUUAGUGAGUGCUUUUUGCACGUGGAGUCAUGAACUUUAAACUCCUGUGGAAGAGACAAGAGAGCCUGGGAAGAGUGGAUAUUCAGAAUGGAGAAGGAGAGGCAAUGACACAGCAUGGAAAGGCUUCCUCUGCUCCUGCUGCCUCGUGUUCCCUGAAGACAAGUGGUUAUCAUUUUGCUGCUUCUGCAGCAAUACAAGGCAGGGGAGUCUUAGGGGAGCAGAGACCCAGAGGUGUAAAGGAGCCUUAUGUUUAUGGAAAAUGAGCUGCAGCCAUUGAAAUUGCUGGCUGGUGUAAGAUUGAUCUCAGCCUCCCACAUGUGCUGAAGAACAGCAGACUUUUCCUGCAAAGCCUUUAUGGAGUCCAGACUCUAGCCAGGCCUGGGAAAUCAAGAGUAACUCUUUCGAUGUAAUGGUUUUGCAGGCUCUCGAAGACACUGUCAUUCAUUAAAGAAAAAAAAAUUAAAUCACUUUUGAAAGAAUAAAGAAAACGUCUUGGGUGAUAAGUGAAAAAGAUUUGAAGUAAAACGAGGAAAAGCUAGAUGGAAGAAUCUCUUUAAAAUUUUACCAGGUUCUCCCCACUAUGAUCAGAAGGGGUCCAAUAAGAGCUUAGCCUGCACCUUCAUGGAGCCUUUAUUAUUAUUAUUUUUUAAGAGAGAAUUUUGAAGCCUUAAAGAUUGGUUAUUUGCCAAGGCACACACUGGAAAGUAAGGGCCACUUGGCUAGAGCAGAAUUGAGUGUUGGAUCCAAAGAUGCUAGUUGUAGGCUUUCUUUGUGAAAGAGGGCAGCUCCUGCCAUCCCCCUCCCCUCUGCCCUAGGGGUUGAACACCUUCUGCAGUAUUUAAGACUAUUGGGGGAAAUGUUGGGGUCCGGGAAAGAAUCCCCAUCAUCGGGGACCUGAGAGUGCCUCUCUGGCGUUUGUUUGCUUUGAGCACCGAGCCGCCGCCCAGAUACCCGUCCUAAGCCAAGGCCCCCGGUGCAUUUUCUUGAAUUGCGCUUGGAAAUCUUUUCCUGGGAGCUGACAGUCCGAGUCCUAGAGACUUCAGUGCUUUUCCUGGAACAGUCUCCUUACGAGACCGGCUAUGCAGCCGGGGAACGGUGGCGACCGGAGGACCAGGACAGUGGGGGCAGGGAGAAAGGGAGUGGCCGUGUUCCCGUGGUCUCCUGGGAUCCGGCGGGUCGCGGGUGAAGGAGCUGGGGGUGGAGUAGCCGGAGCGACUGGGCAGGCCAGGUCGCCGUCUGCCACCUCGGUGCGGCAUCGGAGCUGGACUUGCUGAGCCCUCCUCCCCCUCCCCUUCUGCUUCCUCUCCCCUCCCCCUGGACCAGCAGCAGCGGCAGGAAGCGGAGCCCGGCUGAGCGACUCCGAGGCGAGCGGAGGAGCUGGGACAUGGGGAGUCGGAGCGGACCGCGGGGCCAGGCGCCCUCCCGGCGGCCCACGAGGGGAGCGGUCCCCGGUGUUUGCUAGCGCGUGAGGCUUGGGGGAGCGGGCGCAGGGCGGCACGAGCGGAGGCGGAGGCGCGGCGCGGGCGUGGAGCACCGCUGGGGAAGCUGCGGUCUCCGGCCCUGCCCGGCUGCCUCCGCCGCGGCCGGUGGCUAUGGAGCUGGCGGGCACCAGACCUGCGGCGACAGAGCAUCCACGGCUCCGGCCGCCCAUGUCCUGGCUGCUUCUGUUGCUGCUGCUUCUCCUGCUGUUCCUGCUGCUGCCGGGCCCAGCGGCCUCCCAGCUGCGAUACUCGGUCCCGGAGGAGCAGACCCCCGGCACGCUCGUGGGCAACGUGGCUCGCGCGCUGGGGCUGGAGCUGCAGCGCUUGGGGCCCGGCUGCCUGCGCAUCAACCACCUGGGUGCGCCCAGCCCGCGCUACCUGGAGCUGGACCUGUCCAGCGGGGAGCUCUUCGUCAACGAGCGCAUUGACCGGGAGGCGCUGUGCGAGCAGCGGCCUCGCUGCCUGCUCAGCUUGGAAGUGUUGGCGCACAGCCCGGUGGCGGUGAGCGCCGUGGGGGUGGAGGUCCUGGACAUCAACGACAACUCGCCGCGCUUCCCGCGGCCCGACUACCAGCUUCAGGUAAGCGAAUCAGUGGCGCCUGGAGCGCGCUUUCACAUAGAGAGCGCACAGGACCCCGACGUGGGCACCAACUCGGUGCAGACCUACGAGCUCAGCCCCAGCGAGCACUUCGAGCUGGACCUGAAACCCCUGCAGGAGAACAGUAAGGUGCUGGAGCUGGUGCUGCGGAAGGGCCUCGACCGCGAGCAGGCAGCCUUGCACCACCUGGUUCUCACGGCCGUGGACGGAGGCAGACCCGCCCGCUCGGGCACCGCGCAGAUCUCUGUCCGGGUUCUGGACACGAACGACAAUUCUCCCGCCUUCGACCAGUCCACCUACCGCGUCCAGCUUCGGGAGGACGCGCCCCCAGGCACCCUGGUGGUGAAGCUGAAUGCCUCAGAUCCCGAUGAGGGCUCCAACGGGGAGCUCACGUACUCCUUGAGCAGCUACACGUCAGACCGGGAGCGGCAGCUCUUCAGCAUCGACGCCCGCACGGGGGAAGUGCGGGUGAGUGGAGCGCUGGAUUACGAGGAGGCCUCUUCCUACCAGAUCUAUGUGCAGGCAACCGACCGGGGCCCGGUGCCCAUGGUGGGUCACUGCAAGGUGUUGGUGGACAUCAUGGACGUGAAUGAUAACGCCCCAGAGGUGGUGCUCACGGACCUGUACAGCCCGGUGCCGGAGGACGCGGCGCUCAACACCGUUGUGGCCCUUCUUAGUGUCAAUGACCAAGACUCGGGGCCCAACCGCAAAGUGAGCCUGGGCCUGGAGGCCGCCCUGCCCUUCCGGCUGAAUGGCUUCGGAAACUCCUACACGCUGGUGGUGAGUGGCCCCCUGGACAGGGAGCGGGUGGCCGCCUACAACAUCACAGUGACAGCCACUGAUGGGGGAGUACCAGCGCUCAGGUCCCAGCGGACACUGCAGGUUGAGAUCUCCGACGUCAAUGACAAUCCGCCCAGCUUCCUGCAGGACUCCUACGCCAUCUACAUCCAGGAGAACAAUUUGCCAGGGGUGUUGCUGUGCACUGUGCAGGCCACAGACCCAGAUGAGAAGGAGAACGCCGAGGUGACCUACUCCCUCCUGGACAGGGAGGUUCAAGGGCUGCCCGUCACCUCUUAUGUCUCCAUUAACAGCGCCAGCGGCAGCCUUUAUGCUGUCAACUCCUUUGAUUAUGAGAAGUUUCGGGAGUUCUUGGUGACCGUGGAGGCCCAGGACAAGGGGAGCCCACCCCUGAGCAGCACUGUGACCGCCAGCGUGUACGUGGUGGACGUGAACGACCAUGCCCCUUACAUCCUGUACCCUACCUCAACCAAUUCCUCAGCAGCCAUCGAAAUGGUGCCUCGGACCGCUCCUGCGGGCUACCUGGUCACCAAAGUCAUAGCCAUGGACUCAGACUCUGGGCAAAACGCUUGGCUCUUUUACCAUCUGGUCCAGACUUCUGACCUGGACCUCUUUAAAGUAGAGCUCCACACCGGAGAAAUUAGGACUACCAGGAAGAUGGGAGACGAGAGCGGAACCACCUUCAACCUGACCGUGGUGGUGCGAGACAAUGGAGAGCCGUCCCUGUCCGCCUCGGUGGCCAUUACGGUAGCCGUGGUGGACAGGGUUUCCAGAAUCCUCCCUGAUACUCAGAGGCAUGUGAGGAGUCCUCGGACCUACUCUGAAAUUACCCUUUAUCUGAUAAUAGCAUUAAGCACAGUGUCUUUUAUAUUUCUUUUGACAAUCAUAGUUUUGAGCAUCAUCAAGUGCUACCGCUACACCGCAUAUGGCACCGCGUGCUGUGGAGGCUUCUGUGGAGUGCGGGAGAGGUGCCCUGCAGAGCUGUACAAACAGGCCAAUAACAAUAUUGAUGCCAGGUUCCCGCACGGCCUCAAAGUGCAGCCUCACUUCAUUGAAGUGCGAGGGAACGGCUCCCUCACCAAGACCUACUGCUACAAGGCCUGUCUGACAGCGGGCUCAGGGAGUGACACUUUCAUGUUUUACAACACAGGGGCGCAGACGGGCCCGGGGCCUGGGGGAGCCCAUGCAGCGGCAGGUGACAGCAGGCACCUCACAGGCCAAAGUGGGCAGAGUGCCGGGAACCUGAUUAUUCUAAAAAAUGAGGCCGUUUCUCAAAACGAGCCACGGCAGCCCAACCCUGACUGGCGUUACUCUGCCUCCCUGAGAGCAGGAAUGCACAGCUCUGUGCACCUGGAGGAGGCUGGCAUUCUACGGGCUGGUCCAGGAGGGCCUGAUCAGCAGUGGCCGACGGUAUCCAGUGCGACACCAGAACCAGAGGCAGGAGAGGUGUCCCCUCCAGUCGGUGCUGGUGUCAACAGCAACAGCUGGACCUUUAAAUACGGACCAGGCAACCCCAAACAAUCUGGUCCCGGUGAGUUGCCAGACAAAUUCAUUAUCCCAGGAUCUCCUGCAAUCAUCUCCAUCCGGCAGGAGCCUACUAACAGCCAAAUUGACAAAAGUGACUUCAUAACCUUCGGCAAAAAGGAGGAGACCAAGAAGAAGAAGAAAAAGAAGAAGGGUAACAAGACCCAGGAGAAAAAAGAGAAAGGGAACAGCACGACCGACACCAGUGACCAGUGAGGUCACCUAAUGGAAACAAGCCACUUAGCCAGUUUUUGUAACAAUGGCAGACCUCUCCCAUGUAGCAACUCCUUCUCCUUUCUCCUGUCCACACGAGCCCUCUCUUAGAGACCUCAGAAAUCUGCAGAAAGUUCCCUGUGUCUGUCUAGCUCGCAUUUAACAGGUUUUGUCUUAAAAGCUUUACUAAGUCUGGUGUUAACUCUUUCUCUCCACUCUGGCUUGUUUUCAGAACCCAAAAAGCAGACCCAAGUUUCCUUUCUCCUCCGCCGCAAAGGAGAGGCUUCCCAGCCCCGCCCGUGAGAGGUUGGACUCUCUGCCCUGUGCUCCGGGGAUCCUGUCUUGAUGACACUUGCAGGGCAGGCUGAAAGGUUUUGAGAUUGAGCAGCUUGAGUGUCUCUGGACACUGGGUAUGUGUGGCCACUGAGGGUCUGUGAGUGCCAGGUCGUGGUCGGGAUGGGCCAGGUUAGACUAGAAGGGCUGGGAAACAAAGGCCAAUGAACCGUGGGACGUGUGAAGUGCAAAGGGACCAGACUUUCUCAAUCUUACAACUCAAGAGGUGGUGGCCACCCUCUAGCAGACAAAACUCCCCCCCACUGACAAGGCUUUGGGAAUCCCUAGUCUCUGGGCUGUGGAGUCCCAUUGUACCUAAAAACUGCAUUUUACCUACAAGCCAAUAGUUCAGUGUUGAACAGGGGCCACCAGCCAGGGCAACAGAAGCAGAUCUGAUGUGUUUCCUCUAUUUGUCCUUGUGCUCACUUUAUUAAAAAUUCUUUUGCACACAAUGUUUAUGAAAAGGUCAGAUCCUUUUCCAGCGACACUUAUGCAAAAGCAAAAGAAAACCCCGACACCUCACUUUAUGCUGUUUGUUGUUUGAUAGAUUUAUUUAAAAAAGAGGAACAUCUAUAAACUAUAAACCUUUAAAGAGAAAUAUGAUGAAUACAUUUCCCCUAAAUGAUCCUCGAAAGAGAAGUCCGUCUACAGCCAUUGAAAUGACCAUUGCUGCUACAGAAGUGCUUUAAGAGAAUUGCCUGAAACAUCUGUAUUAUACUGGCCACCUGCCAAUCACAGCUUUACUCUUGCAGAUCACUCUGGGGCUGCCUCUUGCAUGUAUUAAUGACUAAAUAAAAGGAUCUUUCUCUCUCUCUUUUCUAAGAAACAAUUAUGUGCACUUUGAACACACAACCCUCUCUAGCCAACCAUAUCAAGACCCAGAAAUCGAAGAAAAACAUUGUUUUCUCAUACAUACAGUGAGCAGACUUUUCAGUCCUCUAAUUCUGUGAUUUGUCUUGGUGUGCUAGCCAACACCUCUUUGGUUUAGUUUUCUAUUUCUGUAACGCUCUGAAUUGCUAAUCUUGCUAACACCUAUGAUGUUAUCUGAACUCAAUCUCCCAUAUGUAUGCUGUAUGCUAGUAUAAGACUCCUGAAAUAUAUUUACUCUGUGCUUGUGUAUGUGGAUGUUAAUGCAACUAUUACCUAGAGUGAACUUUAAGCUUUAUUGUUGAAUGUAAUUCCAUUAUAUUUCCUUUUGUACACCUGUGGAAAAGUGGAGUAGUGUUUUGUUUUGUUUUGUUUUUUUUUAAACCAUUGUUAAUCAGCUUUUGUGUAUGAAAGACACAGUAAAAUUUCUUUCUUAAAUCAAGAGACUGGUGAUUCAAGGAAUUUUAUUUAUGGUCAGCCAAGAGCCCUCUCUUGCCAACACUCCUGCUGGCAAGGGAAUGGAUAAAGCUGUUUUUUUCUAGUAACAAUUCUGGAAUGAAUACCGAAGAUAUUCCCCAAGGGCGUGCAAGCGCAAAAUUGACCAAUCUGACCUCUUGGAAGUCACAGGAAUGCUUUGAAAUUCUAACAAUAGCUGGAAUAUCAGCUCAUAGAGAACAGGAAAAUUUACUGUCACCUUGAAUAAGAAAUUUUGAUUUUGUUGAAAUGUGCAAUUUAGAAGUUUGAUUAUUAUUAUCUUUUAAAAGUUAACAUAAAAGAGGUAGGAGUCUGUUGUUAAAACAAAACAUUCAAUCUCAAAAAAAAAAAAAAAAAA